AUGGAUUGGUUGGACAAUCAGACACUGGAGCGGGCGUUGGAUAAACUGGCCAGGAUGCGAAUUGUUGUCGGUUACCCUGAUGAUAUUUUAAAUAGCACUGCUGUUGAUAGCAUUUAUAGUGGCUUAUCUCUAAACGCUUCGGACUUUUUCGGCAAUAUAUUGACAAUAACUCAAUGGAAACAGAAUUUGUCGUUUCAAUCGCUUAAUAAACUCAACGAUAUUAAUGAUUGGGCAAAGGUUGGCUCACUAACAAUGGCCAAUGCGUUCUACAAUACCGUUAAGAAUAUGGUUGUCAUUCCCGCAGCUAUUCUUGAGGAAUUGGGUGACAAACCAUUGGUUAACUUAUUGACCAUAUUUGGCGGAUGGCCUGUCGUUGAUGGGGACCAAUGGGUGGCCAUAAAUUGGACGGAACUAUACCUGCGGUUCCGCGAGAACGGCGCCGUCUCGAGUAUGUUCUUCUCUCUCGCCAUAUCUCCGGACUUUAAGAACAAUUCUCAACGAAUACUAUCAAUAGAUCACCCGUCGUUUGGUUUGGGAAGUCGUGAUAUACUUCUUAAAGGACCCGAAGCUACCGAAGUUAAGGCCUAUAAAAAGCUAAUGUCUCGGGCGAUGAUAAAACUGGGCGCUAAUGAAACCAUUGUGUCGUCAAUUGUGGAAGAAUUGCUUAGUUUUGAGACACUUUUGGCUAAUCGAUCAAUGGCUAAAGAGGAGAGACGUAAUCUUACGGCCAUUUACAAUAAAGUUACGAUCAAAGAGUUGUCACAAUUGGCUCCUAAUAUUGAUUGGUUGCGAAUAAUCCGCAAAUACGUAUCCGAAGACAUCACCGACAAUGAGGUGAUAGUGCUGUUUGACACACCAUAUAUCGAGUUUUUGAACACCAAGAUUGUUGAGAUGGAUAACAGGUUUUUAGUGAAUUAUAUGCUAUGGCGUGUCGUACAGACAGAACUGUCCACUCUAUCGGACUCUUGGUUUCAAUUGAAAGAGGAGUUUGAAUUCGCCAUUUAUGGCACGAAGAGUCGUCAACCGCGAUGGGAGAUGUGUCUCAAAAAUACCAAAACAGCUAUGAGUAUAGCGUUGUCUCAUCUUUACGUCAAGAACUUCUUCUCCGAUGAUAACAAAGAGAAG